GAGAUGCUGUAUCAGCGCUACUUUCUCCGGAUGAAUCAGAGCAAUACGGUACACAUCGUGUGGCUACUACUAGGAUUAAUUUUUAUCUUAGCGUUAAUACAUCUCGUGUUCACCUUCAUCCUGCAGCAGUCGCUUCAGAGCUGCCGGGGCUAUGAUGGGGGAACAGCUACAGGAGGAGCAACAGGAGGAGACGCCUGGAACUCAUCAUCGAUGGUGGCAUCAUCGUCGCCAUUUCCGGUCGCUGGAUUAUCGACUUUGGCGGCAGCUUCCUCCAUGUUUCGGGAGGAUGAGCAACAGCUUCCGGUGGCGGCCGGCGGUCUACCAGGCCCAGGCUCUUCCGGCAUUUCUGUCUACAAUGAAACGUCGGAAGACGAUGAAGAUUCCGGCGGGGGAGGAAAGCUGGAAGACACCGGAGGAGGUGGUGGGGGCGCGGGUGAAAGAUUUCGCUCGGUACCAUCCGAGAUCGAAGACGAUAGUGGAUUUGCUGGAGAUGAUGCUGGUGCCAUCCUGCUAGUGCCCUCUUCGUCAGCAGAUGGUGACGAUGAUGAGCUGUCAUCGGACCAAGUCGAUGGAGGUGGGCUGGGAAUCUUUGGCCGGGGCAAACGGAGAAGAUACUGGCGGCGACGAAGACGGAACCAUGUUCGGACAAGUGAAAGUUUCCGUAGCAAAUUGCUUCCGACUUCCGACGAUGGGAGGGACAAUAAUAUCGGCGAGAUGAUGAUGGGGGACGAAGAAGCACCAGAGGAUCAUAACGAUAAUGUCAACGGCAUCGUAAUUAAUCAUGUGGGAGCUGCCAACAGGAGGAGGAUUGAGAGCAAUCGUCGAUGGCGCAGACGGAGGCGGAUGUCGGAGGAGGAAUCCAGGGAAGGGUGCCGGUGAUGAUGUUGGAAUGUGGAGACACCGGAGAAGUGUCUCUGGGGCCAGUGAAAAUAGUGAUUCGAACCGGUUGGAUUCCGCCAUCGAGAGACAGGA